AUGUUUAGAACAGCAGCUCCGAGGCCAGCUACCGGGGCAAUCCGACAACAGCUCGGCCGUCAGUCCAAGUCACGCAUUGCGAAUCCUCGUUUCCAAUCCACCGCAUCGAAUUCCACCUCAUCCGCAAGCAAUCCUGCCAUUGUUGGUGGUGUUGCUGGUGGUGCAGUCGCUUUCGCGGCGGGUUAUACUUGGUACUACUUCUCCGGCGCUAAAACACUUGUCGACUCCAACAAGCAAGUAAAGGAGUACGUCCAGCAAGCCCGGAAAAAGCUUUCCGAAAAAGCGCCCGAGCCAAAUGAGGCCUAUUCUUGGUUGAAGAGUACGGUCAAUCGCUAUGCCGUCUUCAUUCCCGGCGGCCGUGGUUAUGUUGAUACAGCUUUCAACGAUCUGGAAAAGAUUCGAGAUAAUCACGCCGAGGAGUUUGACAAAAUCGUCAAGGAUGCGUACAACGAGUUAAACGACGUCUCUAGAAAAGGUGGUUUCGAUACCGACACGGCCUUCGAGGCAUUCCACAUUUUGCAAAAGCAUCUCAACCGUCUCCUGGAGUUAUCUGGCGACGCUGCGGAGGAUAUCCUGAACAAUCAUCCCCAGCUGAAGGAGAAGGUGGGCGGGAGCUUUGACCAGCUGAAGCAGAUGGGUGACAGCUUUGGGCCACAAGCAAAGGAGGAGGUCAACAAGACCUGGCAGCAAAUUUCCGACAUUGUCAAGCGUGGUGCUAGUGUUGAGUCGGCGGAAGAGAUCAAGAAGCUGAUCGACGACAAGAAGGCCAAGCUCCAAAAGCUAGGUGACGAGGCCUGGCAGAAGGGCAUUGAGGAGUCCAAGCAAUUUCUGGACAAGAACCCCAAGGCGAAGUCAUUGGUCGAGGACAAUGCCGAUGCUUUGAAGAAGGGAAAUUUCCAGGAGCUGUGGGGUCUCGUCAAGGAGAGUGCUUCUUCCGGAAAGACAGAGAAAUUGGAGAAAUUCGUCAAGGACAAGGUCGGUCAAUCUAAGGGCGGCGGGUUCGGUGAUCUGGAUGAUUGGUUAAAGAUGAUCCCUGGUGGCUCGAACAUUAUCCCGCAGUUGCAAUCACUACAGAAAAUUGCGGACAAGAAGGGGAGCGAAGCCGAGGGUGUUGUCAAGGAGACAUUUGAGGAUAUUCAAGACGUGUUGAAGAAGAGAAAGGAGCAGUUGGAGAAGAUUGCUGAGGAAGGAAAGAAAGAGAGCAGUUAG